CACACACACACACACACUCCCCAGAGUAGGGAAACCGUCAUUUUCUUACUCGCCUUCUGACAUUAACCACCUUCUCUGUCUGCACUCAAAUUCAUCCCUGGCAAUGAAAAAUGAGCCUCUCCCCCACCCCUGCUGCCGCCUUUCGCCUCACGCCCCCAGAGAAGAGUGUCUCCGUGUGGCAGCCGGUGAAGGUUUUUUUCCACGUCACAUGAUCCAGGAUGCAGGGGGAGAAUCCUUCUUGGAACAGAGAUGGGCCCAGAAGUGAAUCUGAUCAGGAGAGAUAAGGUGUGCUGCGGGAAGACUAUAUAAGAAUGGACCCAGGGCUGCAGCAAGCACUCACCGGAGUGGCCCCUUCUCGAGACACAGCCAUGCAUGUGCCAGCGGGCUCCGUGGCCAGCCACCUGGGAACCACCAGUCGUGGUUAUUUCUACUUCACCACCACCACGCUGGCUCUGUGUCUUGUCUUUGCUGUGGCAACCAUCAUGAUGUUGGUAGUUCAGAAGACGGACUCCAUUCCCAACCCACCAGGAAAAUUCCCCCUUAAAGGAGGAAAUUGCUCAGAGGACAUCUCAUGUGUACUGGAAAAGUCUCCAUUCAGGAAGUCAUGGGCCUACCUCCAAGUGUCAAAGCAUAUAAACAAAUCCAAGUUGUCUUGGAACAAAGAUGGCGUUGUUCGUGGAGUCAUAUAUCAGGAUGGGAAUCUGGUAAUCCAGUUCCCAGGCUGGUAUGUCAUCAUUUGCCAACUACAAUUUCUCGUGAAAUGCCCAGAACAUUCUGUUGACCUGAAGUUGGAGCUUCUCAUCAACCAAGACGUCAAAAAGCAGACGCUGGUGACAGUGUGUGAGUCUGGAGCACAAACCAAAAACAUAUACCAAAAUCUCUCUCAAUUCUUGCUGGAGUACCUCCAGGUCAACACCACCAUAUCAGUCAAGGUGGAUAAAUUCCAGUAUGUGGAUACAAACACCUUUCCCCUUGAGAAUGUGUUGUCGAUCUUCUUAUAUAGUAGUUCAGACUGAACCAUUUCUUCUGGCCUUCAGGAAGAAAGCCACUCUCUACCAUACAGUACUUCAUCAAUCCAAACACUUGGGCAAAAAGAAAACUCUAGACCAAGACUGAAAUCACAAAGGGUAUUAAAUAAUAUGCUUCUCCUUCUGUCUCUUGGAAAAAUACAGCUCCAGGGUUUAAAAAAAAAACAAGCAAACAGUUUUGAGUGAAGUGUUUUUCAAACAGAAAGCAGGGAAGCAAGGCAGUAUGUGGGAAAAGCCCCACAUGGACAUCAGAAGGGUUGGAUUUAUGCCCUGGCCCAACCACUAACUGGCUCACUGUAUGACCUGGAGCUAUUCCUGUCCCUUCCCUGGAACUCUGGAUCCAUGUCUGAAAAAUGAAUGGGCUGGAUUUGAAUCUCUCCAAAAUCUCUUCCAUCUCAGAAGACCAGGAUGUCUUGUCCCAGAACUGUAAAUUCAGAUUACAGGUAGAAGCCCCCAGCCAAAGGGAAGGCCCUCACCUCACACCAGUAUAAAUCUGAUGGUACUAGUAGGAUCUGGCCGCAUGUCACCUCAAAGGAGUCAGAAUUUGGGGAGGAGGUUCAGGGUACCUUCCCAAAUGAUGUGAACUGUGGGAUCUAAAAUGUAUAAAAGAAAAGACUGCCCAACUGACCAUACAAAUCUAAGAGGCCUCCUGGAAUUUGGAAAGCCUUCUGACCAGGCUUGACUCCGUCCAAGUUAAGACUGACAACACAUCAACAACAUACAACUCUCAUUUCCUAUAGGGAAGGGCUGUGCAUUCAACAAACACUCCAUCUGCGUCCACUGGUCAUGGUGAUGUGGCCAUUUGGUCAGGACCAGCUGCUGUCCUUUCUCACAUGAUCUCUCUC